GAGGGGUGCUGCACCCCCAUAAAUCGUUGUACAUGUAUGUAUCCUCUAGACGUGUGCUGUGCGCGUAUUAUUUUUCAAUUUCUGAAUUAAUUAUUCAGAUUUCUCUUAUAGCCAUUUGCGUAGAAAUCAGGUCAAGAGCAGCACUCAUCCGGAUCCGGCAUCAUCGUCUCUGAAGAUGGAAGAAACGUACACAUGGUACCGAAGCUUCGAGAGUCUCAUCUGCUCGUCUGUAGGCAACAAGUGCAACCAAGUCCUGGAGGAUAUGCUGUCCUUGUACAUAAAGCACGUCUCCAAGGAGGUGGACUUGUGCUACUCUUCUCCCCAACGUGCCUCAACCCUCAGCGCCCAAAUAAGUAGAAUGUUGACAUUUUUCUAUUUCUACUGGCUAGAUAUAAAAGACCGCAUGCUCGACUGUCGCCUUUAUUUCGACAAAAUUUCCCAUCUCCUGUCCCUAUACUUGGAUAUGGAGUUAAUCUCUAAUCCCGACAACAUCGCUGCGAGGCUUAUCAACGUCCUCUACGUGUGUUUGACUCCUUCUCCAGAGCACGUGGCCAAGGUCCUUCUCCGAUCUAAAUUAAUUGAGAAGCAGUAUUCGAGCAUUUACAAGCCUAUUUUCAAUAGAUUCUUUUCCAAUAAAUCGGAGCACGACUUACCACUAACAGAGAGUUCCUAUGCAUAACAAUUACUCGCCCUGAUGCUGUGGAAGGGGCUCGUAAGAGGUCAAAUUGAGGAAGAAAAUAGGAUAAAUAAACUGGCAGUGGCUCUGCUCGGUUCCCAGUGUCCGAAGAGCACAUGUCAUAAUGAUUACCUCACAUUUUUACCCUCUGCACCACCAUCAACCAACUCGACUCUCUGGUAUCUCCAGCAGCACUCUUUUAAUGUCCGAAAAGCUUGUGCAGAUCUAAUCGCCUUUGAAGACGAUGUCAAUGAGAAACGUGAUGGAACCCACAGGGACGAUUUAUUUCAUGUUCCCCAGGAUAAAAAACCUGACUUUAAUACAAGAGUAUUGGAUAGCCAACCAUCACGUAAGACCAUCGUUUCCACGAAAAUCCGCAAAGAUCCGCGAAGGAUCAAUCAGAGAAUACAUAUCGAUUUAACUCUGAGCGACGAGGAGACCCCUCCAAAGAAGAAAAAGGGCAAGAACAGGAAGGAACUCUCCUGGCUGAAGAAGCUCCUAGAUCGUGAGAGGAGUAAAAAACAGACGAAGGUAAAGAUUGCUGAUGCUCACAGCACUGACAACUUUCAGAAUCAAUCACAGAUGUUGAUGGGGCAGUCUCAGGAUAAGGAAGAUAUGCCAGAAAUUUCUGCCGGGAGCAAAGAGGAAAUUGACAGGUGUCUGGUCAAUGCGAUCGACAUGUGUUCUGUAUCGACUACUGUUUCAACAACCGAUCAUAUAAACCCUGGAAAAAUAUUCUGGAAUGAUGUUGAUUUAUUCGGAAAUGCGGAUUAUGACGAAUUGGAUUUUGACGUCGAUAGAGAUUUCCGGGAUACAUUCGUGGAAAAAGAGGAAUUCGAGGGGAUCGUGUCUGGUGGAUCAAUAAGAAGUAAUAAUGACAACGCUGACGAGGGAGAAUGCUCGGUAACGAGUAACUAUCGUGUUGAUAGCUACGAAAAUAUUUCAAUGAUGGACAAUAUUGUCGAUGACGAUAUAAAUGAUCAGGAUAUUCUGGAUAAGGACACAUUCUCCACGAUCAAGAGAAAUCUGACAAAUUGGAGUUAUUUGUUUAAUGAUCCUCUUAUUAAUAUCGACUCAUCUGGGGAUGCUAUAUCCUCUGGAAAAUUUGCCGGAAAUUCUAAACUAUUGGGUGAGGGGGCCAAGACGAGUGUUGAAGGAAUGUUGGGCUUGAUGGAGAAGCCAGAUAAUAUUGCCAAAGGUGAUGAGUACAAUUUAAAAAGUUCUGGGAGUUGUGAGCGCGUUAGGGAUACACUUGUGUGCCAAAGAAUAAUUCCCAAUGUUAAUGAUUCAACUUUAUCCGGUGUAUCUUCCACCACGUCGAGCUGUACCAGUCCCAGCCAAUCGUGUCUUCCUUCAGUUCCAAGACGGACCCCACAUGUUACCUCUCAAUGGUUUACACCGAGCUCUUCCUUAAGUGGCACUUUUGAUGAAUCCGGAUGUCAAGACGUCAAGACGAUCAAGAUUUUACCACCGAAGAGUGGAGACGCCAGGAAGAUGAGGUUGCUCAAAGUUUCAUCAAACGUGAAAUCAAUUGGAGAGUGGCCACAGAAGCUUCAUCAAACCAUCGUGUUCAGUUCAAUGCAACAAGAGAUUAAAAAAUUCAACUAAAUAACAUAAACGAGGGGAAAAUAAUAAAGUUGCUAAACAGCUUAUCCAAGUUGCCAAAUGAUUAAAAGACUAUGUAAUCAACCUCAUAUACACUGUAAUCUUCAUUUUAUUUGAAAUAAUACCAAACGUAUACGUAUACA